AUUUUGGCGACGCCUUCUCCAACUUAAGUUCGCAUAUUUAAGUAACCAAAACCAACGCCCCCUGGGAGGAAUUAGUGUGUUGGCUGCAGAGAGUCUGUCCUUGGACGCGCUCUCGAUUCAAUGGUCUAGUCGACGAGGAUGAUAAGACAAAGAAUAAGCAGCCGACAAAGGAAUUUGUUCGUCUGCGCUUUCUGUCGGACCGCCUGCAGACCUAACCAACGACCGUUACAACAUCCGAGUCUUCCACGCUGGUAUUCUUCCGCUGGCCAGCCACAGUUACAGCAUGGAAUCAACCGCAACACAGCCGUAAGCCGGUCAGGACCUACCAGGGCACCUACGGCGCGCGUAAACACCAGGGCAUUCGAAGAGGACGAUGACGAUGACGACCUACUUCCUCACGAGUUAGCUGCCCGCGCCCGUGAAACCGCCCAUCCACCUCCACCCCCUCCGCCUGCGUCUGAGCCUGAGCCGGCCCCUUCAGAGAUUCCUUCACAGACACAUCCUGCGGCGGAGAACCAGGAUGCCAGCGUCAUUCCCCCACCGAAUCAGGUCCCCGAACCCAGCAAGUCUAAACCUUUAGAUCAGCCCAGAAAGCCAUUCGUCCCGCCUCGCCGGAAAAACUUCAAAGUCGACGAAGACGAUGAUCUGUUGGAUGACUUGUUACCGCAUGAGAAAGCAGCGCAGAAACAUGUCACCAUCCAGGAGGACAAACAGAAACGUUUGCUCCUUGAGGAGAACGACGACGAUUUCUUGACGCCGGAAGAGGUUACCGCUCGUGCUCGCUCAUAUAGGACGCCUAAGCCCCCAGGGCAAGCCUCUCCGGGUUUUACCAUCAGGCGCAUAGGGUAUGGUGCCCCAGGCGGUCACAACAACGUCCCGCCCCCUCCUUUGCGAGGAGUGGCAGGUCCUGGGAAAUCAUCUACUCCUACGGGAUCCAGUACAACGGACAACGCCAGUGAAGAGAGCUCCCGUCCACCUUGGGCUCAGCUAUCGAGAAGGCCUUUUCAAGAACCUUCCGGCGCGUACAUGAGGCCCGAGCCAACCCACAGUCUUGAGGACGUUAGCGAUGUCUCUCAAAAUGUAUGGGCGCCAUCAGUUAACAUGUCAAGAAAAUCACUCCCCUCUCCCCUUUCAAGGUCUAUGCCUCGUGUCAGAAAAGACAUCGGCAGGGGCCCAUCCUCAUCUUUGCGACGAGACCAAGAGGGACAAGUGGGUGCAUCUGCUUUCACUAAGACUCCACCGGAAAACAAGAUUUCAGCACAGCCCACACAAAAGGCAAACGGCAGUUUGAGCCAAGACGCUGGCGAUGGCGACUUUUUUGCUCAAUUUGAAGGGUUGAACGACAAGAAGGCUCGAUCCAAAACGCCGACCAAAACGCAGCGGGGCGACGAACAAGAGUGGAAUUGGAUCAAAGAUGUUGAAAAGAAGGCUGAAAUCAAUGCUCAAAGAGAAGAAGUCCUCGAAAAGCUGCAGGAUAUACCCAAAUCUACGGAGCCCAUGGCAACGUCUGAUGCGGCUCCCGCACAGAACCCUCAAUAUCGCGAAGUCGCGGAUAAUAGGCGAUCCAGGGGGAGGGAUCGUGAAGUGCGAGAUUUCUCAGAGAAGUCAAAACCGAAGCCAAGGUUCUCCAAGAACAACUAUAGAGAUGACGACGAAAGUUUCUCGGAAGAAGCCGAGGCAAUGGCUCAGGCUCGUCGCAAACGCAAGGAGCAGAGGAGAUUGCAACGGGAAAUGGAGGAACUUGAAAAGCAGGAAGCAGCCGCCACCAAGAGCAUCCUCGUGCCUGAAUACAUCACAGUGGCUGAUUUGGGCCAGUCGUUGGGCUACAAGCCGGCGCCUUUCCUCAGCCAGUUGUUGAAGAUGGGCUUCGAAGACAUCACAGUUGAGAGUGUGAUGGCGGGUGAGACGGCGGCAUUGGUUGCUCAGGAAUAUGGCUUCGAGCCCAUCUUGGACGUUGGCGAGCAAGUCGAUCUCAAACCGCGGCCACCGCCAGCAGAUCCAUCAGCGCUAGCACCACGACCACCGAUUGUCACCAUCAUGGGCCACGUCGAUCAUGGAAAGACCACUAUGCUUGAUUAUCUUCGCAAGUCAUCGGUAGCUGCAGGCGAGCACGGUGGCAUCACACAGCACAUUGGUGCCUUCUCGGUCAAGAUGUCAACUGGCAAGGUCAUCACGUUCCUGGACACGCCAGGUCACGCAGCCUUCUUAACUAUGCGCCAACGCGGCGCCAACAUCACCGACAUGGUCAUUCUUGUUGUUGCGGCCGACGACAGUGUUAAGCCGCAGACAUUAGAGGCGUUGAAGCAUGCUCGCGGAGCAAAGGUUCCUAUCAUCGUGGCCAUAAACAAGGUUGACAAGGAUGAGGCUCGGGUGGAUCAGGUCAAAUUGGACCUGGCAAACAAUGGGGUCCAGCUCGAGGAUUUUGGUGGCGAUGUACAGGCUGUAUGCGUCAGCGGAAAGACUGGUCUGGGCAUGGCGGAUCUGGAGGAGAACAUUAUCGCGCUCGCUGAGAUGCUUGACAUGCGAGCUGAGACGGACGGCAUGGCUGAGGGCUGGAUUCUCGAGUCGGCCAUCAAGCCGCUGGGCAGGGCCGCGUCGAUCCUCGUCAAGAGGGGUACGCUCCGCAAGGGUGACCUCAUCGUCGCCGGGACCUCUUUCGCCAAGGUCCGGCUCAUGCUCAACGAGGCUGGUCAAGAAGUCGAUGAGGCGCCUCCGGGCACUCCCGUCGAGGUGUUUGGCUGGCGCGGCACGCCCUCGGCGGGUGACAUGGUUCUCCAGGCGCCAGAUGAGGACCGAGCCAGGGAAGCGACCCGGUACCGCGAGGAGAUGGCGGCAUGGCAAAAGACGGCCGAAGGUGUGGCGGCGCAGGAGAAGGCAGAGCGCGAGAAGGCUGAACGUGAAAGGGUAGAGGCGGAAAUGAAGGAACUCAUGGGAGAAGACGGUGAGGCCGAGGUCGAGGAAGCGCCUCCGGGUACCACCAUGGUCAACUUUAUCAUCAAGGGCGACGUCAUGGGCUCGGUCGAAGCCGUGUACGGUGCCGUGAUGGAAAUCGGCAACAACGAAGUGCGGCCGAGGGUACUGCGAUCGGCGCCGGGCCAGGUGACUGAGUCGGACGUGGAGCACGCGGCAACAACGGGCAGCCACAUCAUCAGUUUCAACAACCCGAUCCAGGGACACAUUGAGCGGAUGGCGGACCAAAAGGGCGUCCGUAUCAUGGACCACUCCAUCAUCUACCACCUGGUCGAUGAGGUCAAGGCGGUGCUUUCGGAGAAGCUCCCGCCGUCCAUCUCGUUCAAGGUCAACGGCGAGGCGGAGGUAUUGCAGGUAUUCCCGAUCAACAUCAAGGGGCGCAAGUACAAGAACAUUGCUGGUUGCAGGGUGCGCAAUGGUCUCAUUGUCAGGAACAGCAUGUACCGCGUCAUUCGUGGGACUGAGGAGGUCUUUAAUGGUAAACUUGAAUCGCUCAAGCACGUCAAGAAAGAUAUUUCAGAGGCCAAGAAGAACUCGGAAUGCGGUAUCCAGUUUGAUGGCUGGGAUGAGAUUCAAGUCGGCGACAAGAUUCAAGCCUACGAGGAGGUCAAAGAGACCCGCUACCUGCCAUAAAGACAUUAUGGCAUAGUGUCUGAGAGAGACGUCCAUUUGGGCACCCAUGUAUAACCCUCAAUCGUGUAUUUUAUACAUCUUUUUGUAUGAAUUUGUGAAAACGCCUGUAACUAUAGAUAACUCAAGAACGCAUAGACGGCAUUUGCAUAGGCUGGCUCAUGUGUUAUUGUAUAGAUAGAGCGGAGCUUAGGUGCAAGAUUUCGCUACGUAUGAGGUGGACAUCGACGUGUAUUUCCUGUGAAAGAAAUACCCUCAGUUUAAUUUGGUUCAAAUGCUAGUCUAUAAGAUUUAGAGAUUCCGAUGAAGGUACGAUUUACAUCGAUGGAUCUACCUACUAACUUUGCAACCCAAGACG